AACACUCCAGAAUAUCAAAUCAGUAUCUAUCCGUAAUGAAUUUGUUAAGUACUACAGUACUAUUAUUGCUAAGCAUAUUUUCUUAUGCUAACUCUGAAAGCCAUGGUACAUCUGUGGUGAUGCCAAAAAAAAUCGGCAGCGUGUAUUUAGUUCCAGUUUUCGUUCCAAAUCAGGAAGAAUAUGUCAAUAGCGCUGAACUUCUGGGAAAUCCAGAUAAUUACAGAGAACCUACCCCUUUGCAAAGAGUAGUCCUGGGUUACACUCCCAGAGGAGCUCAGUACGCGAACACUGAUUUCGAGCAAACGUCGUCUACCCACGAAAGUGUACUUGGUCGUCAAAAAAGGUCUCCUGGUGGUGGACGAGGAGGUGGAGGCGGCGGAGGUGGUGGCGGAGGAAGAGGAGGCUCUGGUUCUUGGAGUCAAUCGUCGUCUUCUUCGUCCAGCGGAAGUUGGGGUGGCGGCUCCGGAAGUGGUAGAGGCGGUGGUGGCGGCAAAGGCAAGGGACAUGGAAAAUGAAGUUUUUAAUGCAUUGCUUUAUAAAGUAUGAACUGGAAAAUGUUAAUAUAAAUAAAGCAAGUUCAGUUUCUCAA